AAAUUAUUCUACCAACCAUCGCCGACGCGCUCAAACGCACCGUGACAAGAAGAAGAAGCAUACCUCACGCAUAAAUAUAUUUGUGAAAAAAACGGCUGCCAAAUAAACUAUAGAAGAUUUAAAAAAGGAAUAAUUUACAAAAGUGUGAGUGCGUGUAUUAUUUACUAAUAAAGAGCUGCGGAAAUGAACAAAAAGCUGCUUGUGGUUGUAUUCGCAGCCUAUUUAUGUGGUGGUUUUGCUGUGAACGAAGAAGACCAUUGGGUGUGGUCCAGACGAAGCGACACCGACCGCCAAUCGCGUCCGUUCCACGAUGAAGUUUCAGCGAAAUAUCAAGGUAUUACACUACGCCGCAAUGCACGGGCACGCGAUCGCGAGCCGACUACACGGCGGCCACUUCCUGGACAACCACAAAACGAUGAGAUAGACGAUUAUACAGAUGAUGAAGUAAACACAAAUGUUGGCACACGCAAUUACCCCUACCCUCCUUUCGGCAAUGGUCAGCUAUUCGGCACAAACAACUACCCGGGCAUCGGCGGUAUUGGCAAUCCCGUUGGCAGCGGUAAUGGCAUAUUGGUCGGACCUGGUGGACCGACGGGUAUAAUUGGACGUCCGCAAUCACAAUACCCCGGUGGUUUCCCGUCCAAUGGCUUCAUCGGGCAACCUGGAGUAGGAUAUCCGACACAACCAGGAGUUUUCGGAGGUGGUAAUGCGGUGGGCAAUGGUUUCUUAGGAUCGGAAAGCGGUCUAAACCCUGGCUUCGCGGGACAGUUCGGUGGUGCAGGACAAUAUCCUGGCGGGCAAUUUGGAGGAAGCGGGCAGUACCCAGGAGGUUUCGCGCCAGGUGGCACUCAAUAUCCAGGUGGUCAAAUACAAGGCAAUCAAUUUCCUGCUGCCCAAUAUCCUGGCGGGGUGGGGCCGCAGUAUACAGAAGGGUAUGGUCUCGCUUACACUGGAGGUGGUGGGUUCCCAGGCUAUAUUCCCUAUCCAGGCGGUGGGCGCCCUUUUGGCUAUGGUUCAAUAUUCAAUGACAAUGGAAACAUAAAUCGGAAACUGCAGGCGGAGGGAAAGAGUGCGAAAAGCAGCAAACUCACCGAACAAGUAGAUGAUAAGAUCAAUAAGGCUUUCAAAAAAUUACCUAAUUAGGCAAUGGCAUUAAAAAUGCUUAUGUUUGUAAAUAGAAAUGUAUUUAUGUUUUUAUGUAGCUUUACUGUUAGCUUUAGCAUUAGUUAUCAGCUUAAAUAUUGUACACUCACCUAUGGUAGUUAUAACGAUGAUCGAAUAAAAAAGUGAUCCAGCAAAAGUCCAUUGCGACUUUGUAACGUCCUCAUCACCAUCCCAA